GGGUGGCUCGGUAUGGCCCACACCGUCUACGGGUGACUGGGAAGGUGGGAUGAGCAAAGGCGAGGGGUCUUCUCAAGUACUCGUACAUGCGAAUUGCGGCAUUGACAUUAUUGCUUCUCAUUACUAUUAUUAUCACCACCUGCACCAUUUCUCUGUCUCCAGCUCGUUCAACCUACAGAAAAGGGCACGAGGUCUCCAUAGAAAAGAGCACUGCAGAGCUACCUCGCGAUAGUUGCAUCGCUACUAGCCCGUUCCUAGAAGAAACACUUCGCCCAAGGUUUGCUGGAGAAGAAGCAUGGCUGCUCCGCGCAAUCGUAUCAUUAUUGAUACAGAUCCCGGUAAGCUUUUCUGCGUACAUCUAUAUUUGUCUUCCUAACAUCCAACUAGGUGUGGAUGAUGUUCUUGCUCUGCUGCUGGCGCUAGCUGCAAACCCGGAUGAGAUUGAGCUCCUUCUCAUAUCUGUCACGUACGGAAACGUUGAAGCCCAGAGGUAUGCUUCAAAUCAUAGUCGACAGCGCUCUCGCUAACUUCAACUCCCAGUUGUCUACGCAAUGUGGUCGCCUUGUUCCAUAUUAUUGAGAAAGAGAUGGAUUGGCGAAGAGCUCGUGGCCAGGCCGAGGGUUUUGAAGCCAUGACAAGCUCUAAGCCUUUGGUUGCGGUUGGUGCGGACCAUCCCUUAGAAGAUGAGCUGCUCAUGGCUGACUAUUUCCGUAAGAGCUUCUCCCUUUCUUUUCCUGUGGAGUUUGCUAAAUAUCACAAUAGACGGCAUGGACGGUCUCGCGGGUGUCACCACUUCUGUAAGUUUCUUUUCACUGAUUUAUGAUUAUAUUCCCUCCCUCCAAAAACAACCAAUAAGACUUCUGUUACCCUGGGAUCAGUAUCCUGGUUGAGAUGGGGAUAUUGGAUGUUGUAGAAGCAUUUUCUUUGACAUGACGAACUAUUGGUUGGAGUCUGCGAGCCAUAUUUCGACUCCACCUUUCACUAUUUGCCUAUUCUUCAUGAGCUUCAGCAUAUUAAUCCUCCAAUCACACAAACUAUGCGGCUUACAAUAUAUCAAUCUGAGAUGUCCCGCUGACAAAAAGUAGCAUCCUCAUUUAUCCCCAGCUGAGACCUGGAAAACAUUGUUUGAGCCUCCCAAGCAAGGAGCGACCGCAGAGGAAAUUGCCGAAGCUCAUCAAUUGGCCUCUCCAUCUAAGUCUUUCCGCGCUUCCCAUGUCCCCGCUCACAAGGAAAUUUUGCGGUUGCUUCGGGAAAACCCCAAAGAUACUAUCACGAUUGUUGCCAUCGGACCCCUGACCAAUCUGGCACUUGCAGCCGCGGAAGACCCAGAGACAUUUCUGAAAGUAAAGGAGGUUGUCGUAAUGGGAGGAGCAAUCGACGUGGAAGGCAACGUUACUCCAGUCGCUGAAUUCAACACGUACGCUGAUGCAGUUGCUACUGCUCGUGUUUUUGCCUUGACUUCUCCAACUCCAUCCUCAACCAUGCCUCCACUUCCGCCAAACAAGACCACCCUCCCUGCGUAUCCAAAGGGACUUUCGCGCACUUUAAAUCUCACGCUAUUCCCCCUAGAUAUCACAUCUCCACAUCUCCUUUACCGAGACCAUUUUAAAACCAAAAUCAGUCCUCUACUUGCUGCUGGAAGUCCUUUGGCUGAGUGGACCUCGGUUUUUGUCAACAAAACCCUUGAAAAGAUCGAGUCUCUCACAAGAAAGCAGGCUAAUCCGGGUCUGGAGAUGCACGAUCCAUUAUGCGUAUGGUAUAUGAUCUCACGCUCGGCUCCCUCUUGGAUUUUGUCCCCCAAAUCUCCAGAAGACAUUCGUGUCGAGACUUCUGGUCAGUGGACCAGAGGUAUGCAUGUCAUUGAUCGUCGCAACCGAAAGAAGGAAGGAGUGCAGCAAGUCAGCAGUCCAGGAGCUGUGGAAAUUAAUGAUCCCAUAGGAAGUUUGAUUGUUGGUGCUGCUGAGGAAACCCAGGGAGAUCCUGUUGGAGAUAAUGGAAGCUGGCUUCAAGCCGACAGAGGCAACCGGGUAAAUAGAAUGGUAGGAAGCCCAGGAGAAGACCAAUUUGCACCAUAUCUUUUAGACCGAAUUUUUGGUUAA